UCCCACCGACAUGCGAGGCCCCGCCCACCGUUGGAGCGAGCAGAAGAGGCGGAAGUAAACAAGGCGGGCGCUUCCGGAAGAGGCGUGGCUUGGUGCUGUGGGCCUGUUCCCUCCGGUGAGGCCUUCCUUCUCCCGGGCGAGGACGAGGGGCGAGCGGCGGAGACACGGACGACCCCGGCCCCUCAGUCGAGAGCCCAUGAGGCGGGGGGCCUGAGCCCCGCCAAGGACGGGAAGGAGUCGUCAUGCAGAGUCUGCACCCGCUUUCCUUGGUGGCCGCGCUGGCCCUCCCGGUUUGGUUGCUGAUGGAGCUUCCGGCCACGAGCGGCUACAUCCAUGCGAUGUCGGACCACAACACCAGCAUGGACUUCUCCGACCUGCCGGCCAUGUUUGGGAGCCCCUUGCCCCGCGAGGGACUGGUGGCCUAUUUGGUGGAAUCUCGCCCGGCCAACGCCUGCCAGCCCUUGGAGGGCCCCCCCAACAACAGGAGCCUCUUCGUGGCCCUCGUGCAGCGGUACGACUGCAACUUCGACAUCAAGGUCUUCCAUGCCCAGCAGGCCGGCUACUCUGCGGCCAUCGUCCACAACGUGGGUUCAGACAACCUCCUCAACAUGGUCUGGGAUGAUGAGCAUCUGCACAAACUCAUCACCAUCCCUUCCGUCUUCAUUGGCGAAACGGCCGCCACGUACCUGCGCAGGUUCUUCACUUACGAAAAAGAGGGCCAAGUGAUCCUGAUCCCAGAGUACAUCUUCCCGCUGGGCUACUACCUCAUCCCCUUCACGGGGGUCGUGGGCAUCGUCUUCGCCGUCAUGUGCACCAUCCUGAUUGUGCGCUGCAUCCAGCACCGGAAGCGCAUGCGGAGGAACCGCCUCUCGAAGGAGCAGCUGAAGAAGAUCCCCAUCCACAAGUACCGGAAAGGGGACGAGUAUGACGUCUGUGCCAUCUGCCUGGAGGAGUACGAGGACGGGGAGCGCCUGCGGAUCCUGCCUUGCUCUCAUGCCUACCACUGCAAGUGCGUGGACCCGUGGCUGACGGGCACCAAGAAGACCUGCCCGGUGUGCAAGCAGCGCGUCCUGCGCUCCUCCCAGGACUCGGACUCCGAGGCCGAAGAGAACGACGAUGGCGGCGAGAGCGACCCCCCCGGGGCCACGGCUGCCCCCUCGGCUGACCCUGACCGAGGCCGAGCGGAAGGUCAAGAGGAAGAGGAGGGGGAGGGGGAGGGGGCCGGGGACUCGGAGCGCACCCCCCUGCUGCGCCCCUCCCCCUCGGCCGGGACCCCCUCCUUCGGCAGCAUGGCCCACUCCCCGCCCCCCGCGGAGGCCCCCCUCCUGGUCUAGGGCCACAGACCCCAAAGCGGCCCCCCAUUUGAGGAGGGGUCUCCCAGGGGUCCCUUCCCCUCCCUCCUGCUCUGCUUUUGACCACUGAGCUUCCAAUAGGUAUUUUGUUUAACUUUUCAGGGAACAAAGGAAAGGCGUUCAUGGCAGUGACCCCUUGAAUUGGGGAGGGGGCUUCUCCUCCUAGCAUUCACUGUGUUUAAAAGACCCCCUCCCCCCUUUACAAGGGUCUAUAGGUCCAUAUUAACCUGUCUUUUGCAGGUGAAGUUUGGGAGGAGGAGGAGAAUUCCAUUUAAUAGCAGUGACCCCUUGAAUUGGGGAGGGGGCUUCUCCUCCUAGCAUUCACUGUGUUUAAAAGACCCCCUCCCCCUUUACAAGGGUCUAUAGGUCCAUAUUAACCUGUCUUUUGCAGGUGAAGUUUGGGAAGAGGAGAGUAGCAUUUCAUGGGGGGGGAGGUCUCACAUUAAAUUGGGGAGGGGGCUUCUUCUAGAAAUCACUAUUUUUAGAAGACCCCCUUACAAAGGUCUAUAGGUCCAUAUUACCUGUCUUUUGCAGGUGAAGCUUUGGAGGAGGAGAAUUCCAUUUAAUAGCAGUGACCCCUUGAAUUGGGGAGGGGUCUUCCACCUGUUGCAUUCACUGUGUUUAGAAGACCCCCAUUCAUAUGUAUAGACCCAUAUUACCUGUCUUUUGCAGGUAAAGUUUUGGAGGAAGAUGAUAGCAUUUAAUGGGGGUCACACAUUUAAUUGGGGAGGGGGCUUCUUCUAGAAAUCACUAUUUUUAGAAGACCCCCGUACAAAGGUCUAUGAGUCCCUAUUAUCUGUCUUUUGCAAGUUUUGGAGGAGGAGAGUAGCAUUGAUGGGGGGGUCACACCUUGAAUUGGGGAGGGGGCUUCUCUUAGCAUUCACUGUGUUUAAAAGACCCCCUCCCCCCUUUACAAGGGUCUAUAGGUCCAUAUUAACCUGUCUUUUGCAGGUGAAGUUUGGGAAGAGGAGAGUAGCAUUUCAUGGGGGGGGUGGUCUCACAUUAAAUUGGGGAGGGGGCUUCUUCUAGAAAUCACUAUUUUUAGAAGACCCCCUUACAAAGGUCUACAGGUCCAUAUUACCUGUCUUUUGCAGGUGAAGCUUUGGAGGAGGAGAAUUCCAUUUAAUAGCAGUGACCCCUUGAAUUGGGGAGGGGGCUUCCUCCUGUAGCAUUCACUAUGUUUAGAAGACCCCCACACAAAGGUCUAUGUCCAUAUUACCUGUCUUUUGGAGGUGACGCUGAGGUGGCAGAGUCGGAACAAAAGGCCUUGACUUCCUUUAUUUGGGGGUCCGCGACCCCUUUUGUCUCCCCCCCCCUUCCUAAUCAAUUUGGGGAGGGGGUCCGUUAUUAUUGCAAGCCUGGUUCCUCUUUUUGCACAGAUGCCCCCUCCCCUCAUUUACACUUUUGCACUUUGGGUUCUGUGCCAAGGAGGGAGAGCGAGGGAGGAGGUGGUCUUUGCAUUUGCUUUGGAGCGUAAGACCCCUCCCCACCAGAGAGCAGCCCCCUCCCCAGUGAGGCCACCCAGCCCUCCCCCCUCCCCAAAGAGGAACUUUCUAACACUACUUACCUUGGGGUUUCUAUCCUAGUUUGGGCCCCUCUCUCUUUGGGGAAGGGGUUUUUCCUCGGGGGUCUUCUUCCCCAAAGCCCCCUCCCCGGGACCAAAGCCUCCCCCCCCUCCUCCUGUUUUGCUGCUGCGGCUCCUCGGCCUCCGACUCAGAAAGAGAGUUUUUACUGUAAAUGACUUCUUUUAUUUUUAAAUGUACAGAUUAUGGAACCAAAAGGGGAGGGGGCUCGGAUGCUUUUGAGGGAGGGGCCGCGGAACAGCCAGGGGGGGGGGUUCUCUUGGGGAGGGUCACUCUAUUAAAAACGGUUUCAAACGAA